CACCAUUGAGAUGUCAGACAAAUCUGAAUACAGGCUGAAUAUGGUGUGUGUAUUCAGUGAUAGUAAGAGGUUCUGCUGUUAAACUGAAGGAUUCACAGGUGAAAUCAGAUGCCACUGGGGAUUAACUUUGAAAUAGUUUAGCCCUCACAAAAAAUAAAUAUAAGUGGGGAAUGAGACUUAAUGAACAAAACAGACGAAUGCUAAUAGGAUGGGGGUUGAAGUUGGGUAAUGGAUACGUGGCGGUAUGUUGCGUGUAUGCCUCUACUUGGGUGUGUGUUUGAAAGUUUCCAUAAUAAAAACUCAAAAUCUUGAAUGAACACUAAAAGAAAGUGAAAGAAAUAAAUGGAUUUUAGGAUCAGGCAGACCUGGGUUGACGUCCUGCCUUUGUAACCUUGGGGCCAUCACGUCCCUCUCCAAGACUCUGUGUCCUUGCCUACAAAAUAUGGGGAUGCUUUGUCUCUUAGGUCUGAAGGCUCUCAUGAGACGAUUUGUGCCAAAGGCCUGGCAUGUUAAGAGUAGGGGUACACUGAAUGAGCCGUCAUUCCCCUCCCUGACCCCAGCCCCAGAGUCACUGACAGUGUGUUGUGUUUUAGCAAUUUAUGACCUUCGCGUAGGUGGCCAUGGACUUCACCUUGGAGGAGUGGGAGCACCUGGGGCUGGACCAGGGGGACAUGUUCUGGGACACGGCACUGGACAACUACCAGAACCUCUUCUUGCUGAAUCCCGCCCCCAGAUCCAAUCUGAUCUCCCAUCCAGAUGGUGGGGAAGAGCUGGAAGCCUUGGUGAGAGGAAGUCCAGAGGUGACAGGCCCUGACAUGGCUCAGGCCAAGAACUCUCCCCUGCUGCAGGACUUCUCAGGAGAAGGACUCUCCCAGGAGAUUAUGGAGACGAUUUCCAAGGAUGGCUUCUGGAACUCCAACUUGGAAGAAGCCUACAUGGACGAGAGCUGGUUAGAUAGUUUGCUAGGAGACCCAGAAAGUCUUCUGAGAUCUGACAUUGUCACCAACAUGGAAAGUCCCACAGAGUGCAAGAGUCAUGAACUCAAGAGUGGCUUCAGUCCUCGGUCCCUCCUUUUCACAGGAGAGGAUUCUGUGAUCCAUGAUCUUCCUGAAGAAAGCCCGAUGCCAGCUAAGUCUCAGGAAUGUAGGAAUGACUUUGGCAACCACUCAGACCAGAGUCAGCAGGAUGCUGUCCAGGGAGGCGAGAAACCAUAUAAGUGUAGUGAAUGUGAGAAGAGCUUCAGCUGCAUUUGCCAUCUUAUCCAGCACUGGAUUAUUCAUAUGAGAGAGAAACCCACUGUGAAUGCAGAGUAUGAGAAUGGUUUUGACCAGAGUUCGUGCCUUUUUGUGUAUCCAGCGACUCACACAGGUUACAGAUCCUAUGUAUGUAACAAACAUGGGAAAACUUUUAGUCAAAAUACACACCUUCUGUGGUAUCAGAAUAGUCACACUGGAGAAAAACCACAGAAGAGUCAUGACAAUGACCGUCCAUCAGGUCACGGCUCACAGCCUGUGGAGCAGCAGAAAACCCACACAGGUGGUAAAUCCUACAAGUGUAAUGAGUGUGGCAGGAGUUUCAGCCGAAUCUUUGGUCUUACUCAGCAUCAGAAGACCCACACUCGGAAACGUUAUGAAUGUGCCAAAUGCAAGGCAACCUUCAACUUUCGCAAAUACCUCCUGCAUCAUCAAAAAAUUCAUGCUGCAAAAGCUACCUUUGAGUGUCAGGAAUGUGGGAAGGCCUUUCAGCAGAGCUCAGCACUCAUCAAACACCAGUCUGCUCACACUGGAGACACAACGUACAAGUGUGAUGAGUGUGGGAAAUCCUUCAGCCAUAUCUUGACCCUAAAGAGCCACCUGAGGGUUCACAACAGAGAGAAGUCUUACAAAUGCAAUGAAUGUGGGAAAGCCUUCUACCGGAGCACUCACCUUAAUGAACAUCAGAGGAUUCACACGGGUUACAGGCCCCACAAAUGUCACAAAUGCGUCAAGAGCUUCAGCCGGCCCUCCCACCUGACUCGACACCAGUCCGUUCAUGCCACAGAAAAGCGCUACAGUUGUACCGAAUGCAAGAAGACCUUCAGCCAUAAUGAACACCUUGUUCAACACCAGAAAAUACAUGCUACAGAAACCCGCUACGAAUGUCAAGAGUGUGGUGAGCGCUUCAUUUGCAGCGUGACCCUAACAUGCCACCAGAGCAUUCACACCCAAGAAAAACAAGGACUUGAUGAGAGCAGGAUCUUGAAUCAAAACUUAGACCAGAAAGAGCAACCAGGGAUCCACGAGAAGCACUUUAAGUGUAACAAAUGCGAGAAAACCUUCAGCUGCAGCAAAUACUUGACUCAGCACGAGAGGAUUCACACCAGGGAGAAGCCCUUUGAGUGUAACCAGUGUGGCAAAGCCUUUGGCCAAAGUAUGCAGCUUAUUCGCCACCAGACCAUCCACUCUGGAGUGAGGCCAUAUCAAUGUGGGGACUGUGGAAAGGGCUUCAACCGCAGUACUUCCCUCACCAAACAUCAGUGCAUCCACAAGAGUGAGCACCCCUUUAAGUGUAAUGAAUGUGGAAAGACAUUCAGCCAAAGUGCAUGUCUCUCAGAACAUCAGUUAAUUCACACUGCAGAGAAAUCCUUUAAAUGUAACCAAUGUGACAAAGUCUUUGUGCACAAUAACUACCUUAUCCAGCAUCAGAGAACUCAUGCCAAAGAGAAGGCCUUUGAGUGUAAGGAAUGUGGGAAGACAUUUCAUCACAGCGGGCACCUUUCCAAGCAUCGGAGAGUUCACACAGGUGAGCAACCCUAUAAAUGCAGUGAUUGUGGGAAAACCUUCAGCCUGAGUGCUCCAUUCAUUCGACACCGGAGAGUUCAUACUGGAGAAAAGCCUUACAUUUGUCAGGAAUGCGGGAAAGCCUUCAGCCAGAGCUCGUGCCUUUCUGUUCAUCGGAGAGUUCACACCGGGGAGAAGCCCUUUGUGUGUGCUGAAUGUGGGAAAGCCUUUUCCCAGAAAGCAAAUCUGAGGCAGCAUGAGAGAACUCACACUGGGGAGAAGCCUUACAUCUGUGAUGUGUGUGGGAAAGCCUUUGCUCUCAGCGCCCAUCUCAGUCAGCAUCAGAAAAUUCACACCCAAGAGAAACCAUAUUGAUGUCAACACUGUCAGAAAGCCUUUCCCUGCUACUUAAAUCUACUCCGACAUCAGCAAGUUCACACUAAAAAUAAGAAGUAGCAAUACUACACGUGACCAUUGGGUGGCAGCAGGGUCCUCGACAUCUGAGAACAUCAUCUGAGGCCUAAAGUUGAAGCUAUCACUUUGUAAGCGCCCCCACACAUACCCGGCAAAAUAGAUAAAUAUCUUUAUUAAUAAAAAUUGGAAAAUUUGCACACAAUUUUCAUGAAAACACGAAGCUGUGUAGCCUCCAAAUUCAGAGGUAGACUCUGGAGCCAGUCUGCUGAGGUGAAUCCUAGCUCUGCCAUCUGCUACCUAAGUAAUCUAGGGAGAGUCAUGGAACUUCUCAGGGACUCAAUGUCUUCACCUAUAAAACAGGCACAAUAAUAGUUACCUACCUCAGAGGGCUGUUGUGAGGAUAAGUAAAUAGAUGUAAAGCACUUAGAACUGAGUGCCCCUCACAUAGUAAGUACUCACCAAGCAUGAGCUACACUUAGGCAUCAGAUCCAACAGAAAUAUAUUCUUUUAUGUUAAAAGGAAGAGAAUUAGCAAUGCUCUACUUACUACACUUAAUGUUCUUAACUAAUAUUAUACAUGGUUUUAAUUUUUUAAGUUUUUCUCCAACAUACCCUUGGCUUAAUUCAAUUCCCCAAACCUUAACCUUUUUUUUAUUUUUUAUUUUUAUUUAUUUAUUUAUUUUUUUAGCUGAGCCAUCCUGCCA